AUGACCAAAUCGCGGGCACUGGCACUGCCGCGACAUAUAUCCAGAAGCGCACAGUCAACAUUACGCAGACCAGGUCGAUUGCGGCAGUACGCAACCACAUCGAGAACCGCGCCGCCCAGCGAAAAAGAGCCUGCCGACCUUGACCAGAUCACCACCCUGCCUAACGGGAUCAGAGUAGCUACAGAAGCGCUGCCAGGCCACUUCUCUGGAAUCGGUGUAUACAUAGACGCGGGAUCACGAUACGAAAAUGCCGCUCUCCGCGGAGUGUCGCAUAUCAUCGAUCGCCUGGCGUUCAAGUCGACCACAAAACGAACAUCAGAUCAGAUGAUAGAGACGAUGGAGUCACUAGGUGGAAACAUCCAGUGCGCAUCUUCAAGAGAGAGCUUAAUGUACCAAUCUGCCACUUUCAACUCCGCCGUGCCAGAGACCGUCGCCUUGCUGGCCGAAACGAUAAGACAUCCAAACAUUACCGAAGAAGAGGUGGCCAGGCAGCUAGAGACCGCAGACUAUGAAAUUGGCGAGAUCUGGGGCAAGCCGGAAUUAAUUCUGCCAGAACUGGUGCACAUGGCAGCAUACAAGGACAAUACUCUUGGCAACCCAUUACUUUGCCCGAAAGACAGGUUAGACCAGAUCAACCAGCGGACUGUGGAAGCAUAUCGCAGAGCCUUCUUUCGACCGGAUAGAAUAGUUGUUGCCUUCGCAGGAGUACCGCACAACCAUGCCAUCAAGCUUGCCGAGCAAUACUUUGCCGACAUGACCGAUCCGCUGGCCACCAAGGCUUCAUCGCUCGCGCCACAAGCACAGCAAGUGCAGCCGCCAUAUCCAGCAUCACAAACGCCACAUCAACAGGAUUCCCGACUGAUGUCCAAAAUCCCCUUCUUCAAGAACCUAUCGACAUCCGCCUCGCAGAAAGCCACAGUAUCUCCUCUCGAUCCGUCGCAGAUCAUUCCACACCCACUCGACCAGCCAAUUGACUACAACGUACCAGCACAAUACACCGGCGGAUUUCUUACGAUGCCACCUCUACCCAUCCCACCUAAUCCCUCUCUUCCACGAAUCUCACACAUCCACCUCGCGUUCGAGUCACUCCCGAUCGACUCGCCAGAUAUCUACGCACUUGCUACGCUGCAGACCCUUCUCGGUGGUGGCGGUUCAUUUUCAGCAGGAGGCCCCGGAAAGGGCAUGUACAGUCGAUUAUACACGAACGUGCUGAACCAGUAUGGUUGGGUGGAAAGUUGCGUCGCUUUCAAUCACGCCUAUACCGACUCCGGGCUCUUUGGCAUUUCGGCAAGCUGUGCGACUGCCUUUGUACCGCGUAUGUUGGACACCAUGGCUCGUGAACUGAGCCUCCUCAGCACAGAGACCGGACUCGGCAAGCUAUCGGAGAUUGAGGUAAAGCGUGCCAAGAACCAACUCCGCUCGUCCUUACUCAUGAACUUGGAAUCAAGAAUGGUCGAGCUGGAAGAUCUCGGGAGACAGGUGCAGGUGCACGGUCGUCGUAUUCCUGUCAGGGAGAUGACUGCAAAUAUUGAGAACGUCACCAUGGCCGAUCUUCGACGCGUAGCAAAGCAAGUCUUUGGUGGCCAAGUCCAUAACCGCGGCCAAGGAUCUGGUGCACCCACAGUCGUGCUUCAGCAAGGCAUGGAGGAAGGUGUACAGCUGAGAGACAUUCCUUGGAAUGACAUCCAGGAGAGAAUCGCAAAAUGGGGUCUCGGAAGGAGAUAGAAGAGUUGCAUAGAGCGUACAGGAUGUUUUGUUUGCAUGAUGAGCGUGUAUGGAUAUCCUUACUCUAAGCAUGAGGCUGCGGCGUCGCAGCAGAGCGCCAUGUGUGACACAAUAGAAGCAAUUGUAUAGUAGAUAUGGCAGAAUCUGAAAACUGUUCAGCCGUG